CUAAGCUAAUGCUACUGCUAGCUGUAUAGGCUGCGACAAGACAGAGCCGCCUGUUUGUUCUUCUGCUAAAGCUGGAAAAAUUUCUGGUAUUCGGUAAACUAUUCCUCCUUCCAAGUGCGCAGAAGCAGGAUGUUGAUUUCCCUCUUUUUGAUCGAAACUACAGAAGCAUGAGCACAAAACUAAAACUUAUUCUUUGGCUUUGGCUAUAUCAAGUGCUUCAUGAUGUGGCAGGAGGCUCAGGUCCAGAUCCUGCAACAGAUGCAUCGUCUCUCUCUGAUGCAAACUUGAUGUUUGAGUUUUUGCUGAGUGGAGUGGAGAUAAACCAGGACAAUAACGUUUUCCUGCUGGAUGAGGAACUGGCAUCGAUGAGGAAAGGGAGGGAGUUCCUGUCUCGGAUCAACGAUGACAUUCCGUUAAGUCCAAGAACAAUGCAAGCCAUGGUUCAGACAAUGAAGAUUGAUCAGAAGACGACUCUAAAUGUGGAUAAGUUUGAGAGGCUUGUUCUGUGCAUGGUUUACUCUGCACUGCAGGCCAGAGUCCAGCCAAGCCAAGAGGAGCGACAGGCCUGGAGUGGAGUUCUCCUCCAGCUAGCAAACAUCACCACCCACGAGUUACGAGGAAGUUUUCUCUAUAAUUAUUCAUAGAGAAACCAUAAAAGGUGUGCGCUUUGAAGGCUUGAAUCUUUGAAUGUUGCAUGCAAUGAUUUUUCCCCCCAAAGAAAUAACCAACAAUGUAUGAUAUAUUGCAGAAUACAUUUAUUGUUUUACAGUAGAAAAAAGUGCUAGGAAAUGUUUUGUAAAUAGAAAAUGGUCAUAUAAAAAAACUAACAAACAUUUUUUAAACAUUUGAACAAUCUUUAACCAUAGAAACAUAAACUGUAACAUAUUAAUGUACAAAACAAGCUGUUCUGGCUCUCUGAGGGUUUACUUCUUUCUCAUCCGCCCAGUUUUGGUUUUGGUUUCCGUUUCUUCCAGAGAAGCAAGCUUUUUCUUCAGCUUGGUGUCCCCAGCUUUACCCCUCCGCUCUCUGCUGGAGCGCUGCUGCUGACUCCUCCGCUGACCUCUUAACCCCUCCUCUGAAGCUGAGCUUUCCUCAAGAUGUUUGUGUCGGCCACUGAUCAACGACUCGUCACUGUCCCAGAUCAGAAGUGUUAAACCUGAGAGCAAACAUUUCAUUGUUGAAGAAAGUAUUCAACCAUUUAACCUAUUUGAUGUGUAUUAAUUCUACGCUAUACAAGCUAGAACUAUUUUCCACCUUUAUUAUUAAUGCAUCAUAACAAACAGCCUCCAGAAGCCACCUAAGUAGAGCAUUAAUUGGCCAAGCAGCAGAGAUAUGCAAACUCUGGAGGACCUGCAUAGAUCCACGGCUGUUAGAAAAACCUGUCAGACAAUAUCAGUUCUUCCCUCACUGCAAAAACAAUCUAAAAUGAGUAAAAAAUGUCUUAAAAUAAGUAUAUUUACCCUUCAUUUAGAAGGUAAAUAAGAUGAUUUACCCUUGCAAUAAGAUAAUUGGAUAUUUGGCAAAGUGUCUCACUUAUCUACUCAAUUCACAAAAAUAUUGACAUAUUUAAAGAAAAAUCUUUCUUACCUAGAUAAAAAUUUUGUAGUGUAUACAAUCUGUUUUUUUUUUCAAAGUGGUAAAAAGAAAGUCAUUAAAAGAUCCAUUUUCAGUUAGCCAUCAGCAGGAAUAGUAACUUCCCAUCAUUCUGAUCAAGCUAGUGGUGUUGGCAGCAUCAUGAUGUAGGGAUACCCUCAUCAGUUGGGACGGGGAGAAGAUUAGACUAAAUAGAAAGAUGGAUGGAGCUAAAUAAAAGACAAUGUCAGAAGGAAAUCUGACAGCUUGAGGCUGGGGAAGAGGUUCACCGUCCAACAGGAGCACAAGCUAAAAGACUGACCGAGCUACGAUGGAAUGAUUUAGGCUACGUUCACACUGCAGGUGUAAAUGCUCAAUUCCAGAUUUUUUGUGAAAUCGGAUUUUUUUUGCGUUUCUGUUCACAUUUCCAAAUAUAUGUGACUUGUAUGUGAUCUCCUGUGUGAACUA